CAGCGCCGCGGUGGCUGCGGCUGUCUCAGCAACGGCUCGCGCUUCCCCAUCCCCCCCAGUUCCCAGGGCUCUUCCCGCCCGCCGCGGUGGAAACCCAGGCCCAAGGCGGAGAAGCCCGGUCUGGUCCGUUCCUCUGUUCGCGAGGCUGGAGCAUCGUCCUGGAGGACUGCCCAAAGGCAAGCCUCGCAGCCAGCCGGAGAGCGCGGCGCACACGCGCGCCUCCCGGCCACGGCCGUCCUCUCUUCCCUCCUUCCUCUCCUCUCUCCCCUCCCCUCUCCUCCGCCCCCAGCCUCCGCUGCGGCGGGAGGAUCCCGAACGCUUGGCGGCGAAUACCCCUGGCGCCGCACCACUGGCCUGUGCCGACUCGGACCCUGGAGCCCUGGAACCCGGACUGCCGGUGCGCCGGGGCUCAGGCUCGGCUCUUGGAGGGCCUUUGGAUCCUCAGUUUGUGGGACCCUCGGACGCCAGCCUGGGAGCUCUUCCAAGCUCCCGGGUCUUGCCCUGCGGCCCUAGUCCACAGCACCACCGGGCCCUGCGCUUCUCCUACCACCUGGAGGGUUCGCAGCCUCGGCCUGGGAUGCACCAGGGAAACCGGAUCCUGGUUAAAAGUUUGUCCCUUGAUCCUGGCCAGAAUCUUGAGCCUCAUCCAGAAGGCCCCCAACGGCUUCGUUCAGAUCCAGGCCCUCCCACUGAAACCCCUGGCCCACGUCCUUCACCACUGAAGCGGGCACCAGGCCCAAAGCCACAGGUUCCCCCAAAGCCCAGCUACUUGCAGAUGCCCCGGAUGCUUCCUCCACCUGAGCCGAUUCCUCCACCACCAUCACGCCCUCUGCCUGCAGACCCUAGAGUGGCCAAGGGUCUUGCCCCCAGAGCUGAGGCCAGCACCAGUUCUGCAGCAGUGUCAUCGUUGAUUGAGAAAUUUGAAAGAGAGCCUGUGAUUGUCGCUUCGGAUAGGCCAGCCCCUGGCCCCUGCCCAGUUCCCCCAGAGCCAGCCAUGUUGCCACAGCCACCCCCGCAGCCAACAGUGUCCCAGCUCCCUGAGGGUGAGGCUUCUCGCUGCCUGUUCCUGCUGGCUCCUGGGCCCCGGGAUGGUGAGAAGGUACCUAACCGGGACAGCGGCAUUGACAGCAUCAGCUCGCCAUCCAACAGUGAAGAGACCUGCUUUGUCAGUGAUGACGGGCCUCCCAGCCACAGCCUGUGUCCUGGGCCCCCUGCUCUGGCUAGUAUGCCGGUUGCUUUGGCCGACCCUCACCGGCCUGGCUCCCAGGAGGUUGACAGUGACCUGGAAGAGGAAGACGAGGAGGAGGAAGAGGAGGAAGAGAAGGAAAGAGACAUUCCAGUGACCCCACUGGAGAGACAGGAGUCUGUGGAGCUGACUGUGCAGCAGAAGGUGUUCCAUAUUGCCAAUGAGCUCCUGCAAACCGAGAAGGCCUAUGUUUCCAGGCUCCAUCUCCUGGAUCAGGUGUUCUGUGCCCGGCUGCUGGAAGAAGCUCGGAACCGCAGUUCCUUCCCCGCCGAUGUUGUCCACGGCAUCUUCUCUAACAUCUGCUCCAUCUAUUGCUUCCACCAGCAAUUCCUGCUGCCUGAGCUAGAGAAGCGCAUGGAGGAAUGGGACCGCUACCCACGAAUUGGUGACAUCCUUCAGAAGUUGGCACCCUUUCUCAAGAUGUAUGGCGAGUAUGUGAAAAACUUCGACCGGGCUGUAGAGCUGGUUAACACAUGGACAGAGCGUUCUACCCAGUUUAAAGUCAUCAUCCAUGAAGUGCAGAAGGAGGAAGCCUGUGGCAACCUGACCUUGCAGCACCACAUGCUGGAGCCCGUGCAGCGUAUCCCCCGCUAUGAGCUUCUUCUCAAGGACUAUCUGUUAAAGCUGCCUCAUGGCUCCCCGGACAGCAAAGAUGCCCAGAAGUCUUUGGAGCUGAUAGCCACAGCAGCAGAGCAUUCUAAUGCUGCCAUCCGAAAAAUGGAACGAAUGCACAAGCUGCUGAAGGUCUAUGAGCUGCUAGGGGGUGAGGAGGACAUUGUCAGUCCCACCAAAGAGCUCAUAAAAGAAGGCCAUAUCCUUAAGUUGUCAGCAAAGAAUGGGACCACUCAAGAUCGAUACCUCAUAUUAUUCAAUGACCGCCUCCUUUACUGCGUGCCCAGGCUGCGGCUCCUUGGCCAGAAGUUUAGCGUGCGGGCACGCAUUGAUGUAGAUGGCAUGGAGCUAAAGGAGAGCUCCAACCUCAACAUGCCUCGAACCUUCCUGGUGUCAGGAAAGCAGCGCUCUCUGGAACUCCAGGCCAGGACUGAAGAAGAGAAGAAAGACUGGGUCCAGGCCAUCAACUCCACCCUCCUGAAGCAUGAACAGACCCUGGAGACCUUCAAACUGUUGAACUCAACAAACAGAGAUGAUGAAGAUACUCCCCCUAACUCUCCAAACGUGGAUCUUGGGAAGAGGGCACCUACGCCUAUCCGGGAAAAGGAAGUCACCAUGUGCAUGCGCUGCCAGGAGCCCUUCAAUUCCAUCACCAAACGCAGGCACCACUGCAAGGCCUGUGGGCAUGUGGUUUGUGGGAAAUGCUCUGAGUUCCGGGCCCGCCUCAUCUAUGACAACAACCGUUCCAACCGUGUAUGCACUGAUUGCUAUGUGGCCUUGCAUGGAGCACCUGGGAGCAGUCCAGCCUGUAGCCAGCAUACACCCCAACGCAGGAGGUCCAUCCUAGAGAAACAGGCCUCAGUGGCUGCUGAGAACAGCGUCAUCUGCAGCUUCCUGCACUACAUGGAGAAGGGUGGGAAAGGAUGGCACAAGGCAUGGUUUGUGGUUCCUGAGAAUGAACCCUUGGUGCUGUACAUCUAUGGAGCCCCUCAGGAUGUGAAAGCCCAGCGCAGCCUGCCCCUCAUCGGCUUUGAGGUGGGGCCUCCUGAGGCAGGGGAGCGGCCUGACAGGAGGCAUGUCUUCAAGAUCACCCAGAGCCACCUAAGCUGGUACUUCAGCCCAGAGACAGAAGAACUCCAGCGGCGCUGGAUGGCUGUGCUUGGCAGGGCGGGCCGUGGGGACACGUUCUGCCCAGGGCCCACACUGUCUGAGGACAGGGAGAUGGAGGAGACACCAGUGGCAGCCGCAGGAGCCACUGCCGAACCUCCUGAAGCCUCCCAGACCCGAGACAAGACCUAGAGGGUUUGGGGGGAACUGGAAACUCCUGCCCCACACUCCAUCUGCCCAUGUUCAAUUGGGGGCCCUAGCCCACUCCCAAUGCAGUCAAUACUUGAAUUCCCACCACGGGCACUUUCAAUCCCGAAUGCUGGGUCUUGGGUUUUUUAAUUCAUCUUUUCACAAAAUGUGGGCUUUUUAAAAACUAUUCCUACAUUGAUGUUAAUUUUUUAAAUCCUUGUCCCCAGGGAGGGCAGGAGCUAAUUGCUAGACUCACUUGAAUUAGGCUAUUUCCUCCCAAUACCCCACAGAUCCUACUUCCACCCAGUUCCCCACAAAAACACCAGAGGCAGGAGACCAAGUGCCAGCUCUGUUACUGACCCUGAAACCCCAACCCAUCCUUGCCUCCUCAGCCAGUGUCUUCACAUGUAUGACUUUACAUGGGGUGGUGACUAGACCCUUCUUGCCUUUCCCAUGGCUUAUAGCUUCUACCCAGCCCCAAAGCAAUCCAGUAUUUUAUCGUCCACACCCAUGGCAGGGCCACUGGGCAGGACGGGAAUGGGAGGGGGGAGGACAAUGGAUACUGUUUUUUAAAGAAAAAUACAGUUUAUUUCAGGCUUACAGUAA